CCGGAUGGUGAUAGGGUGGUGGAGAGGGGGGUGAGGUGAUGGAGGUCAGAGGGGGGCGCGAACGUUUGGCACAAAGGGAUGGAACCGUCAGGGAGGGAGAGGGUUGUCGCUGAUCAUGCCAAGGGAAGCCUCGAAGAGAACCCGACAGAGUUUCUCAGCUUGAGCAGCGCAAAAGCAUCUGUCUGUAGUGGGCAGCUCCUGUUCGUUCUUGUUGUACCCGCAAGGUUGAGAUUGCAUACCGAUGCCUUUGCGUAAUGGUACGGGAGAGCAAGCAGGAAGGUAACAACCAUGAAUGGGAAGAGCGUGUGGAGGGAAACCCACUGAUUGUGUAUAUGAUGUUGGCCUUAUUAUUGGUGGAACAGUCAGGAGCAUCUGUGUGUAGUGGGCAGCUCCUCUUCGUUCUUGUUGCACCCACUAGGUUGAGAUUGCAUGCUGAUGCCUUUGCAUAAUGGUACGGGAGAGCAAGCAAGAAAUCAACAGCCAUGAAUGGGAAGAGUGUGUGGAGGUAAACCCACUGAUUGCGUGUAUGAUGUUGGCCUUGCCAUGGGUGGAACAGCCAGCAGCAUCAACCAGUUGGUGACAUGAGUGGUAACAGUUGGAGCAUCACCAGAAUCAUUUGAGAGCGGCCCCUUUCCCCAUGCAUUUGGUCCUCGGCCUUCUUGGCCAUGCUCGUUCCAGUCCUUUUGCUGACAAUGUUGACCUGCCGUUUCACCCGCCUAUGUGGUGCCGGUCUCCUCAGGUGAUGGCAAUUUAAGGGCUCCCAUUGAUCAGUAGUAGCAGCGAAUGGUGGAGUGAAGGGAUACCCUUUCCACUGCUUCCCACCUGUGUGUCAUCAAUUGAUUGAUUAGUGCACAUUGGGCAUGUUUCAUGUAUCCGCUGCUGGUCUGCCCUUGUCGUGUGCCAUCAGGCGACAUCCUGUCGUGUCACCACCUCUCUCAACGCCACCUCUCUUUCAGUCUUUGGCCUUUUCCGCUUCUGGUGCAUGCCUAAAGGAGCAGAUAGAAAAUCCUUAGUGCCCUUGAUUCACUCUCUCCCUUCUCUUUGAUCUCCUUCUGCACUGAGUAAAAGUGCUAUAUCACAAUUUGCGGAUGAGUGCUGUCCAGGAGGCCGCCCUUUCUUCUCUGCCCACAAUGCUAUAACUAACAGCUUCAGGUGUCUGAGCGUGGCGAGUUCUUCACCUUCACCUCCCGCCUCCGUCUGCCGAGCAUCGCAUGUCGAGUCCUGUUUUUCCUUUCAGGCGUGUGGACAUUUUUGCCAAGCUUUCUGUGUGUCCUCUUAUAACUCAACACAUUUGAUAGGGUGAUGGCUUGCUUGGGAACGGUCUUCAGUCUGACGGGCCUCAUCGAGACCCGUUAUGCGAACCUGUGCCGGUCAUGUGGACUAGAGUCCCACCUGGUAGCACUUGAUGACGAUACUACCAUGCAUUGCUGGGCACCCAGGGAACGGUUUGCAGAUGACCCAAGACCAGCACUGCAGGCGGGGGAUGCUCCAGUAGCAGCGGAGGGAGGAGCAGGAGGACUGCUGGGGGAAGGUGGGGAACGUCUGAGGGUGCACUCACAAACGUUGAAGACAGUGGCAACAUAUAAGAAGAAGAGUAAGGGAGGUGGGUUCCCUCUUGUUCUCAUCCACGGUUUUGGAGCAACUGCUCUUUUCCAGUGGCCCGAGCAGGUGAAAGAGCUCUCUUCCGUCUUUGAUCUAUAUGUGCCAGACCUCCUUUUCUUUGGGAAAUCGACAACGAGGAGACCCGAGCGUUCAGAGACGUUUCAGGCAGAGUGUCUCCUGAAACUUCUCACAAAACUCUCUGUUGGUCAGUUCAACAUUGUAGGUCUUAGUUAUGGCGGUUUUGUUGCUUUCCGUAUGGCAGCACUCGAGCCUGAUCGUGUGAAGAAGGUGGUGGUGACAGACUGCCCUGGGGCGGUGAUGACAAAGGACGAUUACCAAGAGUUGUUGAAAAGAUGCGGCGUCAAAAACAUCACAGAUCUCUUACUUCCUAAGAGGCCGAAGGAUCUGAGACGCCUCUUAGAGCUCGCCUAUCACCGUCCAAGGUGGUUGCCCGUCUGCGUGCUGAUGGACGCUUAUCAUGCGCUAUUCACCGACAUGGUGGACGAGAAAAGGGAGCUCUUGCAAGCUGUCAUGACCUAUCUAGAUGACCCACCUGUAAAAGAUUUGGAAGGUCUGUCGCAGCAGUUCUUGAUAGUUUGGGGUGAGAGGGAUGUGGUGUUUCCAGUGGAAUUGGCCACGAGACUAGCCCAGUCUUUGGGGUCGACAAGGGCAAGGAUAGCAAUUCUGGAGGACAGCGGGCAUGUUCCCCAGCUAGAACACCCUAAGGAAUAUAAUCAGCUUCUGAAGAAUUUUCUCCUUGCACAAGAAUAGCAAUAGGUAGAGUGUUCACGACAACUGGUUUACGUAAUUGGCACGCUUCAAGAGAUCUCCCGGUGUGUGUUAGUAAAUCAUUAUUGUUUCAGUACCAUAACACCCUAAGGAACAUAAUCAGUUUGUGAAUAAUUUUCUCCUUGCACAAGAAGAUAGCAGUAGCUUGUAGGUAGAGUAUUCACGACAACUGGUUUACGUAAUUGGCACGCUUCAGGAGAUCUCCUGGUGUGCGUUAAUAACUUAGUCAUUACUGUUUCAGAACCAUUGACACUUUUGCGCCAUUCCUCAGCCACUAACUACCGAGAUGAACGAGGCAAGAGAUGCUGCUGAUGUGGCUGCUUGAUGUCAUUAUAUUCUGAACGGCAGAGGGAUCAGGGAAGACACUGAGGAUGAGGGAGAAGAGGCUCCACUCACUGAGGUGAUGCUUACACAUAUGUCUGUUGGUGCUAAGGAACUGUCAAACCGAUUUAUUGGACUGUGGAUGAGAGGAUGGCCGUGAGCUAGGCACGCGCUGAUGACCCUGCUCGUCACACCACACCGUUUUUGCAAGUCGGUGGGUCGGAGGUUCUCAAUCAGUAGGGGGAAUGAGAUGACAGAAAACGAAAUGAUGCUGCUGCGGAUGUUUGCUAGUCCUUGUGGGUGCUCAAAUUGGGAGGCCUGUGCAUUGGGAUGGGCAAAAACAGGUGAUUGCUACAAGUUGGAAGAAUAGUUGACCUUAUAGAGUUGUUUUCGGGCGAAAUGAAGUGUACCUUUGCCU